AUGAGUGAUCGCUUUUCGCCGCUAUACCGCAGAAAAUCGACUAGUGCAUCCGACAAUGAUCGUCAGCGAUCACGUUCUAUUUCAUCAACCAGUGGCAGCACAAAAGUAUAUGGCCUUCACAGGAUCGAAUCACACUCAGGAGAUAAUUCCUUCAAUACCUCAACCAUCAAGCACUCACUUUACAAUCGAUCUUUGAACUCCAACUCGUCGGCAAUCUUUAAGCAACAAGAUGCUGACGAUGUAGUGGACUGGAUUGACAGUAUAAAGUCACGUUACCAGAACUUGAAAUCGAAACAGCGACAAGAACUACAUGAUUUGCUACAACAACAGCAAGAAGAGGACAACAAAAGAAGAUUAAAGCAGGAAUUACAAUCAAAGCAUUUUGAUGAAGAUUUUGCCAAGUUGGGCAAAUUACUCGAGCAAAGAGAAGCUGAGGAAGCGCAAAGUGUUGCUGACUUAGCUUUGUUACAAGAGAAAGCUAUGCCUGAAUUGCGAAACCUAUCUAAUCAUCAAGAUGAUCCAUCGCUGCAUUGGGUUGAUAAUAGCAAAGAUGGCAGUCUGGAUGUAGACUUGGAGGUCGAAGAGUCAGAAGAAUUGAGAGAUAGUUUGAACGAGGAUGAAAGCGGCUCUGAGGAACAAUACGAAUAUCAUAACGUAGAAGGACAGUUGAAAGCCAGUAGAUACGAUGAAGUCAAUGACGUGAUUGAAAUUUCAUCAGAAGCAGAGGUGGAGUCAGAGGGACAAUCAGAGAUCGAGUCAGAAGUAGAGCUAGAAAACGAGAACCACGAUUCUUCGCAUCCAUUUGGUCAACAUGAUCACCUAAAUAGUAACUACAACGACAUUUCGCUUUUCGACGCAGCACAGAGUGCACUCGCUUACUCGCAACCUUCCCAAAGAAGAAUAGAUCCAUACGAUAAUCGUUUUUCGUAUGCCGGCGAAGGGCAAGAACAAUAUGGCGAGGAAGAAUACUCAGAACAAGAUGAUCAUGAAGACGAACAAGAUUGUGAAAGCAGGGUUGAUUACCAGGCGGCAGAAGAAGACGAUGUGUACCCUGAAACAAAAGGUGGAAGUGGAAGUUAUUUAAACACACAAUCCGGGGAGUAUAAGUCACAUGAAGGUGAAUUGGAUCAAGAUAUUGACUUAAAUAACAAGGUUGAGUCUAAUUACGAAGAUGAUAUGCUGCCAGACAGCAGUGACGAAAGAUUUGUACAAAAUGCGCAAGGCAGGGAAGAAAUUGACCUUCAAAGAUUAGGUUCAGACAAUGAGCAAUACAUCGAAGAUGAUUACGAGCAGAGAUCUCUUGAGUAUGUCAAUCUGCUGGGUGGAAGUAGUGUGAACUCUGAAAUAGAAUCAAAUGAUUACAUAGGAUACACUUCCAGAGAAGCAACCCACCCAAGGCAACACUCUGCUUCAAUCUCAAUUGAUGCCAGAUCUGUCUCGCCUCAUCCUAAUUCCGAACUGGAGAACCAAGCUUCAAACUUUGAUUCGCAAGCCGAAGGAUUUGCUGAUGAAGAGAAGGAGGAAGACGAACCUGAAUAUUCCCAAAAUGUUCCCGCAAAUGCUUAUAACACACUUCAGACUUUUGCAUCACGGGCCCUUGGUGACAGAACCUUCCACAACUUUAAAGACACACAUGCCCAGUCAGGAUACAUGGCUGAUGCAGAGUACACUGACAAUAACCUUCCAAGGGUUACAAAAGACGAUGAUAUUGAUUCGGAUACUCACUUGGAUAAUAAUGAUUUUCGUCCAGAUGAGCUAGCGCCAGUACCUGAUCCUUUUUAUGCACAAGAAUUAAGUGAUCAGCGAAUGAAAGUUAAUGAUUUCGAUGAGAACAGGUCGGAGGGCUCAUUGGCCGAUGAAAGUCAAUAUGAAUCGCACAGAAGUGACUACCAUCAAGACAAACAAUAUCAUGUGGGUAAUGUGGGCCGUAGCACGAGCUUUAAUGAAGAACAGAGUUAUCCACAAGAUGAGAAUCAAGUUGUGGCUGCUCCAUUUAUUGUUGAAGAAGCGGACAUUCAAGUAGUCAAAAAUCCUGAACUCGAAUACCUGAGUGAUGAAAACCCACCAGCACCUAUAUUCAAAUCGAUUGAGGAAGAAGAAGAUCCUGAAACUAUUUUACAAAACUUGAAGAAUGCUGAGAAAAAGUAUAACAUAAAGAUAGAUGCAGUUGAAGAUUUGGAGAGAUCAAUCAAAUCAUUUUCUGAGCCACCAGAUGAAGGUGCUGAGAGACCAUACAAACUUGGUUUUGAUAUGUGGGACGAUGAAGGGAAGACCCAGGCAUUACAUGACGAUACUACAAAUGCAUGGAAAGAGAUCCCUGUACCAGUUUUGGAAAGCAUCGAUGCAAACACCAGUGCCAUUUCUUCGUAUGACACUAUUUCCAGCAAUAUUGAGCAGUCACAGGAUGACAUGGAAGUUGAUGAAGUGAGUGAUAAUGAAUCAAAGUUGGGAUCUGCUGGCACCCUUGCGGAAGAAGUUCAAUUGAACGAUAAUAUGGAUAUGAAGGCAGAAGCCAGCGACUACAACCAAACUCCUCAAACAGAAGCACUUAUUCGACAUGAGGAGCAAAGCCAUAUGGCUGAGCAAUCAAGUAGUGAUGCUGCUUCGGCUAAGUUGUCUGAAAUUGGUCUAAGUGAAGAUAACAACAAAGCAACCGAAGUGAUUCCAGAAGAUGAUGAGGAAAUAAUUGAGUCACCUCUGACCAAAACAAGUGGGUAUGAAGAAAAUGAUGCUCAAGAAUCGUCUAUUGUUGGUACGCCGGAGCCCAAUAGUAUUGAGACCCCAGUACUCGAAUCGAUACAUGAGUUUAGUUCUUCUGCUGAAACUAGUGUCGUUUCGGAUGGCAAAACUAUAGAUGAAAAUGACGGACAUGAAUCUUCAGAUGAUUUAGCUGGAGCAGGGUUUGAAAAAAAUGUGUCUCAUGGGAAUGUGCUGGACCCAAGUGGAGCCAUGCAGUUAGAAAGACAAGAACCUGGCUAUUCUGAGGGAGAGAAUGAAGAGAUAGAAAUUACUGUGAUUAGCAGUGAUUCUGAUAAUGAAGAUGAAGUAGUAACUGUAAUUAGCAGUGGCUCUAGCGGAGAAGAAGAUAGUGAGAUCACUAUAAUCAGUGAUGGAUCAAGUAGUGACGAAGAGGAGCUCACGGUUAUUAGGAUAGGUUCAGUUGGUGUUGAAGAUGAAAGUGAGUUGCUGAAAACCAAUGAUACCGGAUCAGAAAACAAGGCAGAUGAAAUGGAUGAGAAAGAGCAAACGAAUUCAACCGAUCGUGAAAACUCUGCCCACGCAGAGCUGUCCAGUGCCAGCCCCGAUCAGAACAUUGAAUCCAGGUUUGACCGUGGGGGAGUAUCGAGUUGGAGAAAUUCGUACCAAAAUGAACCAGCACUAUUGACUGAUAAUGCCACUGCUGAAGACGUUAGUCAACAGGACUUGGGAUCACAUAAAUCUGAGAUUGCGUCUACCUCUUCACCAGUGCGAGGUAUCGAUAAUGAUCUUGUGCAAGACGUGAUAAAUUUGGCUUAUAGUUUAGCCGAGAAUGAGGAGUAUGAUAAUACUGGAGCUGACUUUUUUGGUGGGCGAGAAGCGGGAAUUGACGUGAACGUUGGGAGCUCGAGCGGGCCGGCAAUACUUGGGCCAACUGAAAAAGUGGUUCUGAAACUCAGCGCUUCUGAUAUCCGUGAAAAGCUACGCCACAUUUUCCCCAAUGUUGGGCCAUCAAAAUCAUUGCUUGCGUAUUCUAAAUAUUCACCUCAGCUGGAAAAUCAAGAGCAUCUAGCUGAAGCGACUGUAUCUCAUGUUGAGGAGGAUAAAGGUGAUAAAGUGAAUGCUACAACAGUUUUGACUAAUGCGGCUCCUAGUGAGCAUCAAAUUUCAAGAGUUACGGUUGAGGAUGUAAAUCGCUUAUUGAGAGAGGUAUUUCGAGGGAAUCAUUCAACUGCACGCAACGAGGAUGCCUCAUGUAAUGUAGAUGAGCCUGUUAGUGGAAGCAUAGUGGAUGCGGUGGAAGAGUUUGUUGAAGAGAUUCAGAGUGGCAAAUCAUCUGACAAUGAAGGAAGCAUGGCAAAAGAGGUUUCUGGUGUUGGAAGCGGUGCAGAUGGCGUGGAUGGUGCUCAUGAAUCUAAGGAAGCUAUCCCAGAACAUGAGCCUGAGUCUGCAGCCUCGCCAAUGGAUACAAAUGAGAAUUCUGCAGGAAAUCUCUUACAAGCUGCUACUGAUUUUGUUGAAGAAAUGGAAAUGGGUGAAACUUUGAUACUGGAAAGUAAUGAACUACCAAUUGUGGGUAGUGGUCGCGUGAAAGAUUUGGUCAAUGCAGCAUCUGAUUUUAUUGAAGAGAUGGAUGAAGGAAAAUCAGACAAAGGAGAGGGCCCGGUAGAGAGAGAUAAAGUUGAUAAUGAGGAUGAAGAGCGAGGACUGAGUGCAUCAAUAAAUAUUCAACUCGACUCCGUAAAUGGUAUAGCUGAUGCUGCAACACAUUUUGUUGAACAAAUGGAUGAAGGAGAAAUUUCAGCAGAUGUAAGCGCAUCAGACAAAGAUCCAAAUGAAAAUAAUGUCCACAAAAAAGUCUCCAGUUCUGUCAAGUUUGCUGAUUUUGUAUCCAAUAGAUUAAGAUCAUUUUCUGAGGCAAUAGAGAGGACGAGAGAGCUGCUUAUCGUUGAAGAGUUUUCAAGUGGUAGCGAUGAGGAAUUGUUGACCAAUGCAAAAUUCGAAAUUACUUAUUCGAGACCUUCAAGAAGAAGACGGAGGAGGCGGAAAAUCAGAAGGCAUGAGUUACCAUUAAAAAGAAACUUUCCACCAUUGGAAGUUUCGGAACCAGAUAUUGUUGCUCCAUCGCCAGCACCAUUAUUGCAAUCUGUGGCCAAAAAGGAAGUAAUUGCAGAUCAAAGUGACGAUACUGACAGUUCUGCUACACCAGAUGUGGUCGUUGUAAAGAAGGAAGUAAUCACGGAUCAAAAUAGUGCUGAUUACUACUCCGCUACAUCAGAUACUGCUGUCAAAGACUCUCCCUUACAUGAAGACAAAGUGAAAAGGGAAGAAUCAUCCAGUGAUGAUCAAGUCAACUCCAAAAAUGUCCCCCAUCCAAUCGAGUCACUCACAGAUCACUGUUCUGAUGAAAACGAACUAAACUUGGAAGAUGUAAUAAAAUUGGCGGUCUCAAAGCCGUCACUUGACCUCACAGAGUCCACUCAGACCCACAUUAUAAGACGCAACCCAUCGAAAAGAAAGUCACGAGCUAGAAGACGUAGAAUUCUUGGUUUGGAUUUGAGUGAAAUUGAGCAGUUUGAACAUUUGGAAAGCGUUGAUGAAGGGCACUCAAAUGAUGACAUUAGCGAAGCAGAGUCAGAAUCUUCGAGAGGAAGAAAGAGAGUAAGCUCGAUUGGAUCGUUGCGCCAGUCUUCCGUUGAGCCAAUGGAAUACCCUGCAUCUCGCACUAGGUCAAAGUCCCCACUUAAAAAGAGACGGAAAUAUUGA